UCCACCAACCAAACAACGUCGAAUUUAUGCGCGUGAAUUUAAGGAAAAAGUAAUGACGCAACGUCGUGGUAGAAGUGCGCAUCACAGUAUCAAGAUGGCGGGAUUUCGUGAUGAUCAAAAGUGCACAUUUCCUCUUCAGAGUAUUCAAGAUGUCGUUAAGUUGUUUAGAAUUGAAUUGGAAAGAGGAGAUGAACCCAACCUCGCACUUCUAUCUAUCGUUGUUGGCAGUGUAGAAAAUUUGCUGACAUGCAACAGGUAUUUGUCACCACGUAAUGAAACUGAAAGUGAACAAAACGUGAAACCGAACUUUCCCAUCUUGGAGCUUAGUACUGUAGAAGCGUUAUAUUGCAAAUUCGAGAGUCAGAUUAAAGGAUGUGUCGAUGUAACCCAAUACCGUGGCAAUUCAUAUGCCUCCCGAGAGCUUGUAAAGAAGACAUCAGAUAUUAUUUGGAGCUCAUUAACCCGCAGUUAUUGUAAAGACAGAGCACAUUUACAAACACUUUACAGUUAUUUGACAGGUGAGAAAAAUUUCGCUUCUGAUUUACAGCAUGACUGUAGCUGGCUGUUGAAGCUGGAGAGAGUUGCUACUCAAAAAGCAGGUUCAAAGAAAGAUCUGUUAUCAGAGAGAGAGAGAGGAUCAUGGAGAUAUCCCAUUUUAAUGGCAACUCAAGGGAACAAACUGGACUGUUUUGGAGUUGCUUUUGCUGUUGUUGCUGCAUGUCAAAUCCUUGGAUAUAGUGAUGUUCAUCUUGCUUUAUCAGAGGAUCAUGCAUGGGUGAUUUUUGGAAAAGAUGGAGAGGAAACAGCUGAAGUUACAUGGCAUGGAAAAGGCAAUGAAGAUAAGCGUGGACAACCGGUUUGUGGUCCAACAGCACAAAAGUCUUGGCUGUAUUUAAAUGGCCACCCUGUGAAAUGUAAUCGGCACACAGAAGUAGCUGCUUUAGUUUCAGGAAUCAAUCCUUCAAUCAGUGCUACAGCUGACAGCAAAGAGUUGGCUACACUUCAACAGAAACUGUUGUGGUUACUGUAUGACCAGGGAGAUUUGAAGAAUUAUCCAAUGGCAAUUGGCAACUUAGGAGACCUGGAAGAGAUUAAUCCCACUCCUGGAAGAUCUUCUCCUAUUGACUUGUUUCACCAAGCAAUCUUUGCAGCACAAACUCACUAUGCUAACCACCAUGUCUACCCCUAUACUUACUUGGGAGGCUUUUUUUACAGAAAUGGCCAGUACAAGGAUGCUUUAGAAGCUUGGGCAAAUGCUGCAGAUGUCAUUCGAAAAUACAAUUAUGGAAGAGAAGAUGAAGAAAUUUACAAAGAAUUUUUGGAAAUUGCAAAUGAUCUUAUUCCACAUUUAGUAAAGGUAGUUAGUAAUCAAGCAAUUGAAGCUCCUGAGAAAGCAGAAAGUAACUGUCUGCAUGAUCCACAAUGCUUUGCUCAUCUGUUAAGAUUUUAUGAUGGUCUUUGUGCAUGGGAAGAAGAAUCAUCCACUCCUGUAUUACAUAUUGGUUGGGCUCGUCCUCUUGUUGCCACCAUUUCAAAGUUUCCUGCUAAAACAAGAUCCCAUGUGGAUAUCAAGAUUUCUGAGGAAAAAGAAGAAAAAGUGGAUGAUGAAAAGAAUGGUUCAGUUAAUCGAAGACAUAGUCAUGGUAGACGAGAUAGUCUUCAGAAGAAUGAUGUGAAAAAUGAAGAAGACAUUGUAAAAACAAAAGUUAAUGGAAGCACAAAUGUUUCUGAUAAAAAAGCUGGUAAAAUGAAAAAGAAACUACUAAAGAAAAUAAGUGCUGAUGCUGAAGCUGAAUCAGUACAUCAAGCUAAGACACAAGGUGAUGGCCAAGACACAGAAUUUUUACAUUCGUUAGUGACAAACUAUGAUCCAAGUGAAGCACCACACCCCAACAUUGCUGCUUUGGCUGCUGCUUGUAGUGAUAAUAUACUUAACCCUGACUAUCUUCUUGGGUCUGGGGAGCCCUUUUCUUCACGCUCUUCCAGCUCACCAUCCUCUUCAGGUGACUGCAGAGACCUCCUCAGUUCUCAAUCAAAUGGAGCACCAUUUCCAGGUCUUACUGUGGAAGCAAUGUUGAAAGCAGACAGUCCAGCACUAUUAACUCAUGGAGAUGGCAAUGAUGAACUUGGUUCUACAGCAGAACACACCUCUGUUACUCUUUCAAGCCAGAAGAUGACAGGUCUGAAAGAGCUAUUGCUGACUGAAAAGCUGAACACUUCUGCCAUUCAACUGCAGUUGACUGCGCAGUCGCAGGUACAAAUUGUAAAGCGUGGACGACACAGCAGUGAAUUUGAUUUUGUUACAACAGGACGCACAACAAAACGCAGUCGGCGUGAAUAGUCUGAACAGACCUAGUCAGUUGAAAUGCUGAAGGAGGAAGGUAUAGGCUUUUUUCCACAAGACCAUGGCAUGUAUCUGCUCUUUCUUUUUUUUUUUCUGACAAAGAAAAGUAUUGAUGCAUAAGGAUUUUGUGUAAAGUUGUGCUCUCUGUGAUGAAUUGUAUAUAAUGGUUAUAAUGUUACUUUGUUUCAUAAUGCUUUUGUGCUGUCACCUGUUUUAUUACUUUCAUGCAUAAGUGUAUAUAUAUGUGUAGUCUGUUUAUCAUUACAUGUUAUUAAGAAAUAAUUUAUACACGUACAGUCUAUCUAAGUUUGCUGUUAGAAUGUACAUACUUUGAUAUGUGUUGUCACUAUGAAGAGAGAACUGAAUUCAGGCAGACUCAUUUAUUUAUUGAGAGUUUUAAAAACUGUUAUUUCUUUUUGAUUCUGAGCCAUCUUGUAUUGUUAUAUUUUAAUGCACUUGUAUGACCGAAGUUUAGCCAAAAUUUUUUGAUGGUUUAAUAGAUGAAAUAUUACAUGUUUACAUAUGAAUUUUAUAUUAUCUUGUGAAACUAAAGAAAUAAAAAACUCAGUAUGUUUUAACUUGUUUAACAUUGAAAGUUUGGCAUUGAUUCCCCCACCCCCCCAAUUGGGUACACUUUGUGUAGUAGUUUCAUAUAUUGAAAUUUCUCUGUUUUGUAAAUAAAUGUAGAAAUGAGUUAUCUUCAAUAUAUAUUUUAAGGAUUGGUAUAUAUAUGUUACAGUUUGGGGAGAAACAUUGAAAAUGUGUGUAAAAAUUUAUGCAGCUCAUGAUUCAUGUUUAAUCAAACUGUAUGUUUUAAACUUAAUGCAUCUGAAAUGUGUUUGAAAGUCAACAUUUAAUGUGUCUUCUACAUUUGCAUUUGGGUAUAGGUAAACAUUUUAGUCAUUUCACAUGCACUGUGCAUCAUCAAAAUUCACUUGGGUGUGGGCUGUGUUGUGCUAAACAAGUCAAACGUUUUAAGAACUGUACAUAUAUUUUUCUGUGUCAUAAGACAUUGGGUAUGGGCAACAAAAUUUUAACUAUGUGCACUGUAUAACAUCUCAUGUUUUGUGUAAGAAAACUUGUGUAGGAAAAGGAUUUGGGGUGAUAAAAAAAGGCUUAUAAUUCUGAUUAGAGACUAUAUCUGCUAUUGCAUUUGUUUCACAAAAAAUGUUAAUCCCAUAAACAUGUCUUAAAAAUAAAAAAAGACUUCAGUUGUGUUACCAGAAAAUGAUUAUUUUUACUUUAUAUUUGAGCACCAAAAUUGGACCUUGUAGAUGAAUGUUAGCAUAAGACUUGGGAAAUUGUCUCAGAAUCAAUGCUCAUGACAGCAACUAUAUACAAGUACAUCCCGUAAAAUUUGGAUUUUAUAUCUACACUUAAAAUUACCAUUUUCUAAUAUACUUACUUGAAUUUAAUGAUUAAAUUUCUUGUGUGCAAAAAUAGUAUAGUUUUUUAAUAAUUCUAGUUUUAUAUGACUUACCUUGUAAACAACAUGGCAUACAGAAGACAUUGACCAAGAAACUGUUGAUAUAAAUGUGAUUUUAAUGUGUGUAGUUCACAUUGCAUGAUAGGGAUUGAUUCUUUUGUAAUAUAUAAAGACAGACAAUAUUUAUUUUAAACCAAAUAAUAAGUCAUCUUUGGGGAUUCCAUUGAAUGUACUUAGUCAGAUGUAUUCACAUUAAUGGCCAAAAAAUAUAUAUACGAUAAAACAAAUUUUGCGAGUCAUAAUAAAAUACAAUUGGAAGUUUUACACUUAUAAAUUUAAUGUAAAAGCAAAUAGAAAAUAAUCAUAGGCUUUAAAUGAAAUUACACAACAACCAGAAAUAGGAUAUACUUGGGCAGAUUUUGGAUGAUUUAAUAUUAUCAUCAGGGCAUAACUGUGAAAUUAAAACUAUAUGUUGUUUGUACAUAAUACAUUUCACACUUAUAAAUAGAUAGAAAACAAUUACCAAAACUUUUGCUUACAAGCUUCAUUUUACAUUAGUAAACCAUGAAACGAAAAAAAUUUUUUGCCAUUUAGUAGAAUUUAUAGUUUUUUUUUGUGUAAUUAGCCAAAGUACCUGCACCAAAUGUGGCAUUUAUUUUUUGCCAUUAUGGAGAUAAUGGGAUGGCUUGUAUUGCAUCAUUUGCUGGAAGGGGCAAUGGGGAAAAUUUAAAUGGCUGUAGAACUCAUUAAAAUGAGAAAAUUAUUAAAGUAAGAGUUUUAAAAAUCCAUCUGGGUCAUACCCAAGACCCUCUGAAAGUUGCACGGUGAUCAGAGGUUGGAAAUAUUUUGCUAUGAACCUUCACACAAAUACAAUUUUUUUUUAUAAAUAUAUGAAAUUAAGAUCUGCAGAAAAUAUAUAUUUAUCUUGAAAGAUAAAAAGAGGGUAAAUAACUUGUUAAUUUUUGUGUGUAAAAUUUUGAGGGUAAUGGAAAUCAUAUCAAAGGGUGUAAGAAAUUCGUGCAUGCCUUUCCGUCGAGGCAAAUUUAUAUGCCUAAGAAUACAAAACUUGAAUAUCUGCCUUCAUUUCAUAAAUUAAAAUAUCUGUGAAUCAAAGAGGUAGAAGCACUUUUAUUAAAGUCCUGGGUACAAUAUUGUAUUGUUUCCAUUGAAUAAUUCAUACAGAAAUCCUAAAUAAGUAUUAAAUAAUUUUUUUUCAAAAACAGCAUUUUAAGAGUAAAAAUUUUUGUUUUUUAAAAGAAAAAUAUUUUGAGCAUCAUAUUAUUGUAGAGAUAGUUGUUAAGUGAUUUAAAUGAACAAUAUUCAGCAUUAAAAGUAAUAAAACCUUAAUCUUUAAUAUUUUAUGUUGUGUUUAUGUACAGAUAUAAAUAUAUAAAAAUGGUUUUGUUUAAAAAGACAUCCUACGAAUGAUAAGAAAGUGGAUCUGUUGUUACAUUGAUAAACUUGUGCUUUUUGCAAGCAUUGUUUUACUAAGAUCAGAAUGCAAAAAAUUUUAAACAUCUAUAAAUUGUCCUGUUAGAAGAUCAACAUUUAAUAAGAAUUCCUUUUAUGGAGUUAUUUGUUACUAUUACAUAAGUAGAAUUACCUGCAGUUUGGCAUGAAAUUUUUUGUGUGUACAAGAAGUUUGUCUUCUUUUAAUAAGACCUUAUGUUCUCAUGUUAAAUAUGUUAAAACUGGAAUUCCAAACUUAAUUAGUUGUGUUUACUUUGAUUACCUGGGGUGUAGAUUAGUAUUCUCUAUACAAUGUUAGAAUCCAGUCAUAUUCCCCAAAAGCUUAACAAUAUUUGCUUUUGCACAUAUUUACAACUGCUUGCUAACAUAUAAUUAAAAUGUUAUUUUCUGAAUAAACAUUUCCUUCCAGACUUUAAGCAAAAAUUUAAGUAAUGUGAUUUGAAUAAUUGUAAUAGAAAUGAUUUAAAAUAAUUGAUGUUGGAAAAGUAUGUCUUUACAGGACCAAAAUUGAGGUAUGUAUACAACUAAGUUUGUAGAUGUAAAUUUGUCACACACAUAGUCAGAUCAAACUCUGAAAUAUUCUAAACAGGCUUUUAUUUAAAUCGUGGUUUACGGCAAGGCUGAGAAAGCUUGAGAACAUCGUAGAUUCUGACUGGAAAAGUUACAGUUAUUUACAGAAGAUUUGAUAACUAUUAAGUAAAAAAUUAUGUGAUGAUUUUAACUGCAAAAUUAAACAAGGUGUGAUAUUCAUAAUUUGUUUGGAUUGUUUGAGGAACAAGUAAUCUUUAAAAGGAAAAGUGUGCUUUGAAGAGAAGUUGGUUCAGAAUGUGAGAUAAUCUUAAAAGAAAUUGUUUAUGCUGUAUUUUUAUGACUUACUGUAUGAAUAAUUAGAAGUAUUUUUGUAACUAAAGACUAUAAAAUGAUUACAAGAUCAAAAUAAUAUAGUUUUAAAUAUUUUAGUGAAUAUGGCAAAGUGCUGAACAAAGCUGUGUGAAUGUUAAAGUAGUUUAUAUUUGGAAAGAUUUUUGUGAUAAAUUCAUAUAGAUUUAUAUAUUGAUUGGAGAAACCUCUCCUUGUAAACGUUCAAUUUAUUAUCUCCAUGUUACUAAUAUGGAAAAGAAAUUUGAAAGUGAGCUUUGGCUAAAGCAAUGUAACUUAGUGCAUUUAACAUCUAAAAAUUAUUUUUUGAAUGUGUAAAUAUGUUUAGUGUAAGCUUCAGAGGCUUAAUGUUUUGUCAGUUUAUUGGAAAUACUUUUUUUGUGCCAUCUUUCAGAGCAUCCUUUCCUGUCACUGAGUCCUGUAUCACAGUGUAAACGUGAAUUACAAACAUUAGUAACAUGUUAUUAAAGAUUACCAUCACUGGAUUCCUUACCAUGUAUAUGUAUACUGUUGACAUCACCAGUUCAGAUUAUUAGGAUCAGAGGGUUUCAGGUGUUUGUUGUUUAUAAUGAUUACAUAAGUUAGCUUUUAAGAGUAUCCUCUCUUAAUUAUGGGUGGUCACUGGGCUUGAAAUUGUAAGAUAAAUGAUAGUAGUAUCUGUUUUUGAAUGUCUUGAUAACAGGGUUCCAGAUUAUGUGUAUGUAUGCUGGUGGGAUCAAUAUUGUAAGCAGUUCAUCUCAGCAUGUCAUGAUUGUUGAUGUCACUGUAAAUAAAUUAGUAACAUCACUAGAUUGACAGUUCUUUAGAUUGUUAUGACAUCUGGAUUACAGAAAUAUGUACAUUGGUAUUGUCAGUGUCAUUAGUUCAUCAGCUUCAUAAAUAAAAGUAAGAUGAUUAUUUUGUUUUUUUAUGAAAGUUUGAAGUACACCAAAUUCAAUUUCUUAUUAUUGUCACGAGGUCCUAUAUACAUGAAUUAGUAUUGUUGGCACAAAAGAUUCAAAUUUAACAUUUCUUUAUUACUGGGUUCUAGCAUAAGUGAUAUUGAUGGACAUACAAAUAGGUGGUCCACAUAAUAUCUGUGUUUUUGUAUCAUUGUUAGUUCUACGGUGUUUUCCAUGUAGAUCAGUUAUGUGUUAUAUAGAGAAGAUAAGCAAAGAAACUUUGUAUUUUCUAUAAGAUACUUUUCUUUGCUUGAUGUUGUUUACCAUAUUGUAUUGUAGAUUUUUUGCACAAACUCAUAUUUUACCAUUUGUUUAGAUUACAGAUGUAACUGUUCACUACACGUAGUUUGUAAAUGUCUUUUUCCAUGGAAAUGUUUUGGAAGAAUUUGUUGAAUUCUGCUUCUUAGUUGAAUAGUGUACUUUCAAUUGAUGCCCAAUGAUAAGUGAACUUGUAGUUUUUUGCACUUUAAUGAUGUUUCAAUGUAUCUUUCCAAAAUUUAUUUUCUCUAGUUAAGUCGUGUGGUCUUGGACAGUUUUCCAGUUUAACUGUCAACUCGCAUAUGCAAGAGCAUCAAGUUUCACAUUUUUAUUUCUUCCUCAUCUGUAAAGAAUAUGUUAUUAGUGAAAAUGUCAGAUACUGAAUUUAAAAAUCAUACUUAAAUAUGUUAAUAACAGUGGCAAUGGGUGAAGUAAACUUUCCCAGGCUGAAAUAAACCAUCUCCUAAAACUCAAAA